CAGCAACUCCAAGCAUACAGAAUUUGACUUGUUUGCCUUAAGCUGGGCUGCAUAAAAACUCAAACGCGACAUGUUUACUCUAAGUACCAACCACUUGCAAAGAAUUUUCAAUAAGCUCGACAAAAAUGGCGAUGGAAGGGUGAGUACCAAUGAGCUUAUGUGGCUUCUUCAAAGAAUAGGUAUGCAUCCAUGCAGAGAAGAUGAGCUGGAGUUAUUGCUGGGAAAAACGACUCUUGAUUUCAUCGAUUUCAUGUUCUUUUACGAUUCGAUUAUCGACACAGAUGACAUCAAACGCGAUAGCUUAAUCGACAACGAUCUGCAUAAAGCAUUCGAGGUUUUUGACUCAAAUGGUGAUGGUUUGAUUUCAAGUGAAGAGGUUCAAAAUGCAUUGUCAAGAUUAGGGUUGUGGGAUGAGCAUUACAGCAGCGAGGACUGUAAAAGUAUUAUCAAUCUGUAUGAUACGAACUCUGACGGAUUUCUUGAUUUCGAGGAGUUUAAGAAUAUGAUGAUGUUUGCAGAAUCCUAGGAAGUGUCUGUUUUUCUUAAUUAGCAGACUUCUAAAUAUCAAAUUUGUACUGAAAUAUUUAAACUGGAUCUUUUUUCAAAUCAGUUGCUGAACUUUCAUGAAGA